CUUAGAGUUGAAAAGAUUAGGAAAAAAAAAAGAUGGCCUACUCAAAAAUCGUUAUUUUUGCCAUCCUAGCUCUGUCUCUUCUACUUUCCGGUGCUGAAACAAGAAACGCUGUGUUGCCUGGCAGCGAAUUAUUCGAAAAGUGUUGCACGGAUCUGCCAGAAUUUGGAAAUUGUGAGACAAAAAAAGAUGAUCAGAGAUGCAAAAAGAUGUGUCUUGAUGGUUGUUCCAUGAACAAAGGUGGUGCCUGUCAACCUAUCUCUGCUGCCUUUGGUCCUGUUUGUUCAUGUUACUGUUAAUUCUUCUUCUUCUUCUUCUUCUUGGCUUUAUUGAUUGACAAAGGAAAACUAUAUAUUUUGUAUCCAUCUUCAAAGGAAAUAAUGUAAUACUUGAUUCCAAACGUAACA